AUGGCUGACCCCUCCAGAAGCGACGAGCAGCCAUCGCCGUCCCCUUCAGAGCCCGUCCAUGGCUUGCCGAAUCCAUCAGAACCGCAACAAUCAUAUCCAUCGCCCUCCUCCAGCCUCUUCUCCCACUUGCGGCCUGCUUCCUCCACGCCCAGCGCUCCCACCUCAGAUUCCUUCUUCCCCUCUAUGCCCCAGUCAUCAGCAUCUCUACUCGCAUCCUCUCUCAGCCCCACCAGGGUAUACUACGAUUCCCAGCUACCCUUUCAACAGGCCGCUGCCCCAAUGACGAAAGAGGAGCAAGCCUAUCUGCAAGCUCAGGCUCGGCUGCAGGAGAUGCCUGAGAAAUGCUUCAGCUGGUGCUCUCAGAAUGCCAUGGCGCAACCAACAUGUCGAAUGGUGUGUCUACGGAAGCGGGCGUUGGGGCUGAGCAAAGAGGAGCAUACAGAGCGGCUACGGGCGAGUAGACGAGCUCUUGCUAGCCCCGAGGCCCUGGCCCGGCACAUGCAGACGCAGGAGGAGGAGCCUACUGCCUCUUCCCGUGUGCUACAAUGGCUACAAUCCCCAAUAUCCACCCUCCAUCAGAAGGUCAUGCCAUACUCCAUCAUCUAUGUGCGCGGCUCACCUGAUGGUGCCAUCGGCCGGUACAUGGAAGAGUUGGAGAGGGACGAUGGCAAUUACGAUUUCAAACAUAUUUCGAGGGGAGCUGUGGCGCGAAAGGCAAGUGGUAGAAGAAGCGAUGAUGAGGAAGGGAUGGAAUACAUGGAAUGGGGUGAUCAGGAAUCCCUGCUACAUCUCCCCCUGACCUCCGUCCUGUCACCAAUCCUCUCCCUCCCAGCCAACAUAUCCCGUCUUUUCUCUCCCUCUCUACGUUUCAUCUCUGCCUACACCACUUCCUUCACGGACGGUGGGCAAGUACGCAUGAUCAACAAGUUUUACGAAACUGUCCAGAACAAUGGGGCCAGUGAGAUGCUCAACAAGAUCGAAAAGGUUGUCCAGAAAAGGGCAGAGGAGACGAGAGAGAAGAAGGAAGAGAUGUUGAAGCAGAGGCAGCAGGAGAGGGUAGAACGAAUGAAGGAUAUGAAGGAUGUGGGGAAGGAAGUAGAGGGCAAGGGAGGCGAUGGCCAAUAG